CUGCGUAUGUGCAUAAAUUGAUUUAGCAAUUCACUUUUAUAGGUUUAAUUUAUAUGACUGGAUUAUAAAAGGGAUAAUCUAACAAAUUAGUUUAUUUGUACUCAUGCCCUUUAUCAGAUAAUACAGUUAAAAUAGAAGACACCACGAUCACUGAUGAUGCAAAAUUGUUUUAAUAUCAAAGCGGAUAAAGAAGCAAACGUUGAAUUAGACGCCGCGGUAGACAGUUGUUAUUAUCUAACUUUCUCCUUUGACAAUCUUAAAUGUUCCGGAACUGAAGAAACAUUUUGUAAAGAAAUUAAUACUGGAGAAACCUCAGAAACUGAUCAAACAUUUGUUAAAGAGAGGUAUAUCGAAGUUACAGAUGAAACAACAGAUGAAAAUGAUCCCAUCUCAAAUUUGCAGGCACAUGCGCACGCAGGAACUAAUUUGCGAAUUAUGCCGAGACAGCCUUAUGACCGGUGGAACCUAAACUUACUUCUGGUGCAACUGUCAAAAGAGACAACUGUCGAAGAAUUGGAUAUAAUCAAGUUCCUCAUGGAAGGUAUGGAUGAUGAUUGUGUUUCAACUAUCAAGGUCUAUGAUCUUCUGCAAGCAAGAAAGUUCAUCACAAUGAACGACCUGCUCUAUCUUCAAAUGAUUAUGGCUGUUCUAAGAAAGGACUCGCUUAUUGCCAUGGUCUACAAGUUCGCCCAAAGCCAAAGUAAUGUGCUACACUUUGAUCCACCUUUAACAGACUUAGUUAUCUGUGAUAGUUUGGUAGAAGUGGGCGUUAGGGGAGCUGAUUUCCAUCGUUACUCAUCAACCCAACUCCACGAGCUUGCUAUUCGCAUAAAACAGAUUGUCGAGGCAUUUAUAAAAUUUGAGGGGUCUCCUUGCAGCUGUAGACUCGUAAUACCAUGUUGUCUUGGUGAGAGCUUUUAUGAUGAGAUGCAGACGGACGUUGAAAAAACUGCUGAUUCAAAAUCACAAAAAGACAAACAAAUGGGAAGUCGAAGAAGCAAAUCACGCACUUACUGCUGUGACAUUGGAAUACAGACUGAUCAAGAACUUGGAGAUAAUGCUGACUUCGGCAAUCAACAAGUAUUGGAAAGAGAAAAUACAAACCUAAAAAGACAAUUGACCGAAGCCAACCACCAUAUUCAAGCACAAUCAGAGGAACUCACAGAACUGAAAAAUAAAUUAGACACUAUGGACGCCCAGCAUCGUCAAAAUUGCCACGGAUCUUUGCAGGAGGUUGAAAUACUGAAUAUCAGCGGCAAUUGUUAUGUGAAUGGAUUAGAUCUAAAGAAUACAGAAUAUGAAUUGAAUUCUUUGAAGAAAGAACAUGAUGUUCUGUUUAUGAAAUCAGUAGAAACUUUAGAGAAACAUAACGAAACCUUGCAAAAUUAUAAAGAGGCUGUAAAAGAAAACAGGGAGCUGAAAGUUGAAAAGACAAAUACAGAGAUACAAAUGGGCAUACUGCAGAGGAACAUCGAGGAACUGGAGGAAAAACUGAGGAUACGCAUUGACGAAGAAAACUCUCUCAUCAUUGGCCUAAGAAAUGAACUGGAACUUACGACGGCCAGUUUGCUUAAUGUGCAAAAUGAUAAAAGAUUGUCCGAGCUGAAAACGUGUUUGGAACAGAUAGCAUCCAUGUCUAUGACAGUAAAGAAAGUUUAUGGAAACAAAUGA